AUGUCGCCUAUUCCUCGAUUCAUUCAUUUGUUUAGAAGUGCCAAACAUAGUAAAAAUUUAUCGUGGCAUGCAAAUAAGAGGGUGAAGGAUGGUUUAUUAAGACAUCCAGCUGACAGUUUAACUUGGAAAAGAGUUGAUAUGAAGUGGCCUAGUUUUGGAGCUGAAGAUCGUAAUCUAUGUCUAGGUCUUUCAACGGAUGGGAUAAAUCCGCAUACUACUCUCAGUAGUAAGCAUAGUUGUUGGCCUGUGAUGCUUGUUAUUUACAAUCUACCCCCAUGGUUAUGUAUGAAAGGAAAAUUUACCUUACUGACACUAAUGAUAUAUGAACCUAAACAACCACGUAAUGAUAUUGAUGUGUAUCUAGCUCCUCUUAUUGAUGACUUGAAAACUUUGUGGAGUGAAGGGGUUAGUGUUUAUGAUGCAUACAAGCAAGAGGAGUUUAACCUUAGGGCAGUAUUAUUGUGGACAAUCAAUGAUUUCCCUGCUUAUGGAAAUUUAUCGGGUUUCAGUGUGAAAGGCUACAAAGCUUGUCCCAUUUGUGAAGAAGGAACUUGUUCUGAGUACUUGAAACACUCCCGAAAAGUAUGUUAUAUGGGACAUAGAAAAUUCUUGCUCGAGAGUCAUAAGCUUCGAACUUUGAUGAAGGCAUUCAACGGUGAGCAAGAGUUUGGGCAUGCUCCCCGACCUUUAUAUGGAAGUCAAAUACUUGAGAAGAUGUCCCAAAUUAUUUCCCGGGUAGGAAAGUUUAAAGCUCCGACAACUAGGAAGCAGAAAGGUCAAGGAAAGGCUAAGAUUGUGGAAGAACCCAAACAUUGUUACAAAAAGAAAUCAAUAUUUUUCGAGCUUGAAUAUUGGGAACAUUUACUUGUACAUCAUAAUUUAGAUGUUAUGCACGUAGAGAAAAAUGUAUGUGACAGUGUCAUUGGAACUUUAUUGAACAUUCCUAGAAAGAGUAAAGACGGAAUCAAGGCUAGAGAAGACUUGGCCGCAAUGAAAAUGCGUCAUGAGUUGGCUCCAAAGCCAGGCAAAGGUCGUAUAUAUUUGCCUCCAGCUUGUUACACACUGACUAAGUCUAAAAAACAGGAACUUUGCACUUGUCUGUCUAAUAUAAAAGUGCCAGAUGGAUAUUGUUCAAACAUACAAUCGCUAGUAGAUUUGAAAACCUAUACUUUGACUGGCAUGAAAUCUCAUGAUUGUCAUGUUCUAAUGCAACAUGUGCUUCCUGUGGCUAUUCGAUCGGUUUUGCCUAAGAAUGUGCGAGAGAUAAUCACAAGGUUGUGUUUGUUUUUCAAAUCAUCAUGCUCUAAGGUGGUAGAUAUUUCCUCAUUAGACAAGCUACAACAAGAAAUUACUUACAUAUUGUGUAAACUAGAGCAAUUCUUCCCACCUGCCUUCUUUGAUAUAAUGAUUCAUCUCACUGUUCACUUGGUUAGAGAAUUACGAUUUUGUGGUCUAGUCUACUUCAAAUGGAUGUAUCCAUUUGAGAGAUAUAUGAAAAUUCUCAAGGGAUAUGUUAGGAAUAGAAGUCGACCUGAAGGGUGCAUUAUUGAAUGUUAUAUUACUGAAGAGGCAGUUGAGUUUUGUUCUGAAUACAUGUCUGGUGUACAAAGUGUUGGGCUUAAUGAUGAAGUAAAAUCAAGUAUUAUUGUCAAUCGUCGAGGUAGUGUUGUCUGCACUGUUGGAAAAAAUGAAUUGGAUGAAGCACAUCGAUUAGUGUUGCAAAAUACAAUAAAUAUUCAACUAUACAUUGAGUAA